CAAAGCAAAAGAAAGUUUAGUUGCUGAUGAAGAUUACAGAUCAUCUAUUGGGCUAUUCGCCUCCUAUUUGGGCGACUUUGAUAGCUGGAGUGCUUUUAGUCGUAACGCUUUCGCUUUCAAUUUAUCUUAUAUUCGAACACCUCUCUUCUUACAAGAAUCCUGAGGAGCAAAAAUUUUUGAUCGGAGUUAUUCUUAUGGUUCCUUGCUAUUCUGUAGAAUCGUUUGUAUCAUUGGUGGAUCCAUCAAUUAGUGUUGAUUGUUCAAUACUACGCGAUUGCUAUGAAUCAUUUGCCAUGUAUUGCUUUGGAAGAUACCUUGUUGCUUGCUUGGGCGGCGAAGAGAGGACAAUUGAAUUCAUGGAAAGAUUAGGGUGUGCAAGUUCUAGAACUCCGCUAUUGGGACUUGAUUGUGAAAAGGGAACUGUUAAGCACCCUUUUCCUAUGAAUUACGUCCUAAGACCAUGGAAACUUGGUCAAUGGUUUUACCAAGUUGUCAAGUUCGGCAUUGUCCAAUAUAUGAUAAUCAAGGUAUUCACUGCUUUUUUAGCAGUAAUUCUUGAAGCUUUUGGUGUAUAUUGCGAAGGAGAAUUCAAAUGGGGAUGUGGGUAUCCUUACAUGGCGGUGGUUCUCAAUUUCAGUCAAUCAUGGGCUUUAUACUGUUUAGUUCAAUUUUAUACUGUCACAAAGGAUGAACUAGCACACAUAAAGCCAUUGGCCAAGUUUUUGACUUUUAAAUCAAUUGUGUUUUUAACUUGGUGGCAAGGUGUGGCAAUUGCCCUUUUUUAUGCUCUUGGUCUGUUCAGAAGUCCAAUUGCUGAAGGCUUGCAGCUUAAGUCAAGUGUCCAAGACUUCAUCAUUUGUAUAGAGAUGGGCAUUGCUUCUGUCGUUCACCUCUAUGUUUUCCCUUCCAAACCUUAUGAGCUAAUGGGAGAUCGCAUUCCUGGAGGUGUUUCAGUCCUUGGAGACUAUGCAUCUGUUGAUUGCCCUCUGGAUCCUGAUGAGGUUAGGGACAGUGAGCGACCCACAAAGCUACGUCUACCCCAGCCUGACAUAGAGGCUCGAAGUGGAAUGACCAUCAAAGAAAGUGUGAAGGACGUAUUUAUUGGUGGUGGUGGAUAUAUCGUGAACGAUGUAAAAUUUACAGUAAACCAAGCAGUUGAGCCUGUUGAGAAGGGGAUUACCAAGUUCAAUGAGAAACUUCAUAAGAUCUCUCAAAACAUAAAGAGGCAUGACAAAGACAAGAGAAAGACAAAGGAUGAUAGUUGCAUUGCCACACCUGCACGGAGGGUAAUUCGUGGUAUAGAUGAUCCUCUUUUAAAUGGGAGCAUUAGUGAUAGCGGGGUUGCAAGGGGAAAGAAACAUCGUAGAAAAUCAGGAUAUACCAGCGCGGAAAGUGGAGGAGAAAGCAGCAGUGAUCAGAGCUAUGGUGGAUAUCAGAUUAGGGGCCAUAGAUGGGUUACAAAGGAUUAAAGCCUAGAUGAAUAAUUGCAGCUAUAUGAACUCAAAACACGCUGGAGUGACAGAUUCAGCGAGACAUCUACCAUCUAUAGCUUGGUCGACAUGCUCGAGAGCAUCAUUUCUGCAUGAGGCGGCUGAAGAUUUCUUUUGAAUUUUUCUCAUCAAAUGGGGCAGUUGUUUAUGUGGGGGACUCGUGGAUAUAUACGGUAAUAGAUGUCAUGUUGUAUAGAGUUUAUUCAGGGCUUGGCCAUUGCAUACAAUGGAAUCAAGAAGCGAGUUGCAUGAUUGGGACAUCUUUGCUCGUUUUUUUUUUUUUUUGAGAGAUGUCCACAUGGCAAGCCGAGACAAGCUUAACUACUGUCUGGAAAAUCAUUGCCCAUAAAGUUUCGAACAGGUAACAGCUGUUUGUAUUCUUUCCAUGAACAUAUGCUCGACAUUUGAAAAACAAUAUCCCUCAAUCUCUCAUGUAAGAUGUGCUUUUGCACAGAAUGGUACUAGAAAUUCAUAGUUCUAGCAUGAAAAAUCUACAAGAUGAACGAGUGAUAAACAAAGAGUGCGUUAUGUAGCAUUUCCCUUUUCAAUAACUCGAAAACGAAUGCCAUUUUCCUGAUGGGAUUCUAACCAUUGGUUAAUAACCAAAGACAAGUAGCAAAAUUGGAAGUUGGUAAAAUGGAUACAAUCUCUAGAGAGUGACAUAAAUUUUACUGUUCUGCAAACGCCAUGAAAAGAAAUUAUAGCUAAAACUGAAGCUUAGCAUCACUUGGCAUCACAAAAAACAUGUUCUGAACCUGUUAGAAUCAUAUAGUACUAAGAUCAGUUUCACAUUUUUCAGGUUAGACCCAGAUAGGAUAAGACAUUAAUUUAACAAAACAAGAACAGACAGGUAAUCGCUACCUGCAACAAAGGAUUAUAGUAAACCUGACAGACAGCGUUAAAAAAGGGAAGGAAUUGACUGACCAACGAAGAAACAAUAAGGCCUUUCUCGUUUGGGAUGCUUUAGCCAUGCCUCAGGACCCAGUAUCUGUUACGCAAAAACAACGACGUAGCCAUCUCUGUCACCGUUUUUUUCACUUUGCUUCCUUCUGCUGCGCUGGAUAGCUACAACUGUUUGUAGGAAAUCUUUGAAGGUCGCGUUUGGAGAGGGGAGUU